AUGCCUAUAAUAAAGCCGUCACAAAUCAAAAAUAAGAUAAAACGUGAGGGAGUCUAUGCUAAACAAAAACAAGAAAACAGUCGUCGGAAACUACGAGAACGAAUAAAACGUCGCAAGGAAGAAGCCGAAAAUCCAGAAGCAAAAAAGGCUCGGCUUGAGACAAAUGUUCCCAAGACCCUCGAAAGCACCCGAGAGUUUGAUGAAACAAUCGUGCCGCCUGAUGACUUGGAAGUUAUAGAAGACGAAACGUCCGACGAAUUUGCUUCUUAUUUUCGGGAAGGACAUUCUCCCAAGCUGCUCAUAACAACCAGCAAAAUUGCCUCUAAAGCGUCAUACGAAUUGGCUACCGAAUUAGUUGAUGUCUUUCCUAAUAGUCAAUACGUGAGAAGAGGAAAGAAAUUCUCUAUUGCACAAAUUAUAGAAUUUUGCACAAACCGAGGCUAUACCGACGUUAUGGUGAUUAACGAAGAUCGAAAAAUAUCCAAUGCGAUCACUCUAAUACAUUUACCAGAAGGACCGACGGCGUACUUUAAAUUGACAAGUGUCAAGCUGGGUAAAGAGAUUCAGGGUAAUGGACGUUCGACAGGUCACAAGCCAGAACUCAUUCUUAACAACUUUAACACGCGCCUUGGUCAUACCAUUGGUCGUUGGCUUCAAGCAUUAUUCCCCCACGUACCUGAAUUCAAAGGAAGACAAGUUGCGACCUUCCAUAAUCAGCGUGAUUUUAUUUUCUUCCGACGUCAUCGAUAUGUCUUCAAAAAUAAAGAUCAUGCAGAUUUACAAGAGCUCGGGCCAAGAUUCACAUUGAAGCUCAAGUCAUUACAAAAAGGUCUUUUGGAUAAAGAUGGCGACUACGAGUGGUUGUCCAAGCCAGAGUUGGAGACGAGCCGAAGACGCUUUUUCCUAUGA